GCGGCCCGGGGCAGCGUGUGCCCAGCGAGCGGCCAGCCCCGCGGUGGAGAAAGGGGGAAGUCCGAAGCCGAGACCGAGCGAGGGGAGGGAGGAUGCCGAUCUAGCCCGCCCUCUCCAGAGCCUGGCUGCAGGGCACUCGCCUGCGCGCCAGCCGCCCAAGCCUCCGACCUGCGGCCGGGACCGUGCCUCCCGGUGCCCGGGGCGCAGGACUUUAGGGUCACGCAGCACGGAGGUGGGCGUGAGAGCUCGGGGUGGGAGUUGGCACAGUUUCGGCGCCUUCUGCGCGGGAGCUGGGGGCGCGGCGCGCCUGGCCAGCUGCCUCGGCGUUCUCCUUAGGCGCGAGUUAUGGAAACCCCCAGCUGCAUCCAGGAUGAGCCUUUCGCGCACCCCCUAGAGCCCGAGGCGGGCCACCCUCCGCAGUCCGCCCCCGGGAAGGUCGGCGAGAAGCGGUUUCGGCUGUGGUACGUGGGGGGGUCGUGCCUGGACCACCGGACCACGCUGCCCAUGUUGCCCUGGCUCAUGGCCGAGAUCCGCCGGCGCAGCCAGAAGUCCGAGGCGGGCGGCUAUGGGGCGCCGCCUGCGCGAGAGGUGCUUCUGGUGCUGAGCGCGCCCUUCCUGCGCUGCGUCCCCGCUCCGGGCGCGGGGGGUCCCGGCCUCGCGGCCACGCAGCCCCACCCGUCCGUGUUCAUCUUCGAGCACAAGGCGCAGCACAUCUCGCGCUUCAUUCACAACAGCCACGACCUCACCUACUUCGCCUACCUGAUCAAAGCGCAGCCCGACGACCCUGAGUCGCAGAUGGCCUGCCACGUUUUCCGCGCCACCGACCCCAACCAGGUUCCUGAUGUCAUCAGCAGCAUACGGCAGUUGUCUAAGGCAGCCAUGAAAGAGGGUGCCAAGCCCACCAAAGAUAACGAGGACGCCUUCUACAACUCUCAGAAGUUUGAAGUCCUGUACUGCGGGAAGGUGACCGUCACCUACAAGAAGGCCCCGUGCAGCCUCAUUGACGACUGCAUCGAGAAGUUCAGCCUGCACGAGCAGCAGCGUCUCAAGAUCCAGGGUGAGCAGCGCACGGAUCCCGGCGAAGACCCGCUGGCUUUGGAGGCAGAGGUGCCCAGCCCCCCGGGGGACAGCCUGCUGGAGCAGGCCGAUGCCGCCCCCAGGGCCCACUCAGGCUUACACACAGUGGCCAGCCAGCCUGUGCUGUCCAGCUCCCGCGUUUGCUUCCCUGAACGCAUCUUGGAAGACUCGGAUCUGGAUGAGCAGCAGGAGUUCCGGGCUCGGUGCAGCAGCGUCACCGGAGUGCAGAGGAAGGUGCCCGAGAAUAGCCAGCGUGCCCAGCCUCGCCGCAGGCAUGCCAGCGCGCCCAGCCACGUCCAGCCGUCGGACUCCGACAAGAACAGGACCAUGCUGUUCCAGGUUGGACGUUUUGAGAUUAACCUUAUCAGUCCAGACACUAAAUCGGUGGUGCUUGAAAAGAAUUUUAAAGAUAUCUCCUCUUGUUCUCAGGGCAUAAAGCAUGUGGAUCAUUUUGGAUUUAUCUGCCGGGAAUCCCCAGAGCCUGUGCUGAGCCAAUAUAUUUGCUACGUGUUUCAGUGUGCAAGCGAAUCCCUGGUGGAUGAAGUAAUGCUGACCCUGAAGCAGGCUUUCAGCACGGCUGCUGCCCUGCAGAGCGCCAAGACCCAGAUCAAGCUGUGUGAGGCCUGCCCAAUGCACUCUCUGCACAAGCUCUGUGAGAGGAUCGAAGGUCUCUAUCCCCCAAGGGCCAAGCUAGUAAUACAGAGACAUCUCUCAUCGUUGACAGAUAAUGAGCAAGCAGACAUCUUCGAACGAGUUCAGAAAAUGAAGCCAGUGAGUGACCAGGAGGAAAAUGAGCUGGUGAUCUUACACCUGAGACAGCUGUGUGAGGCCAAGCAGAAGACACACACCCACAUUGGCGAAGGCCCACCGACCAUUUCAAAUAGUACAAUCCCAGAAAAUGCAACGAGUGGUGGAAGGUUCAAACUUGACAUUCUGAAAAAUAAGGCAAAGAGGUCUUUAACGAGUUCCCUGGAAAAUAUCUUCUCAAGGGGCGCUAACAGAAUGAGAGGCCGUCUUGGAAGCAUGGACAGCUUUGAACGGUCCAACAGUGUUGCUUCAGAGAAGGACUACUCCCCAGGGGACACCCCACCAGGAACACCACCAGCCUCCCCUCUGUCCUCUGCGUGGAACGCAUUCCCUGAAGAAGAUUCUGACUCCCCACAUUUCCGAAGACGGGCACAUACGUUCAGCCACCCACCUUCGAGCACAAAGCGAAAGCUGAACCUGCAGGAUGGGAGGGCCCAUGGGGUCCGCUCCCCUCUCCUGAGGCAGAGCUCCAGCGAGCAGUGCAGCAUUCUUCCGUCAGUCCGACGUACGCACAAGGAGAGUAGUUCUUCCUCCAGUCUUCCAAGUCUCCACACUUCCUACUCUGCCCCUUCCUUCUCUGCCCCCUCUUUCCUGAAAAGCUUUUACCAGAAUUCAGGUAGACUGUCCCCACAGUAUGAAAAUGAAAUCAGACAGGACACUGCUUCAGAAUCAAGUGAUGGAGAGGGGAGAAAAAGGACCUCCUCGACCUGCAGCAAUGAGUCCCUGAGCGCCGGGGGGACCCCCGUGACUCCUCGCCGGAUCUCGUGGCGCCAGCGCAUCUUCCUCAGGGUUGCUUCUCCCAUGAACAAGUCGCCCUCCGCCAUGCAGCCGCAAGAUGGGCUCGACAGGAAUGAGCUGCUGCCUCUGUCUCCUCUGGCUCCAACCAUGGAGGAGGACCCACUGGUUAUAUUCUUGUCCGGUGACGAUGACCCAGAAAAGGUUGAAGAAAAAAAGAAAUCGGAAGGACUGAGGAGUUUAUGGAGAAAAGCUAUCCACCAGCAAAUCUUGUUGCUUCGAAUGGAGAAAGAAAACCAGAAGCUUGAAGCAAGCAGAGAUGAACUUCAGUCGAGAAAAGUGAAGUUGGACUAUGAAGAAGUUGGUGUAUGUCAGAAAGAAGUCUAUGUUGCCUGGGAUAAGAAGUUGUUAAACUGCAGGUCUAAGAUCAGAUGUGAUAUGGAAGACAUUCAUACCUCCCUUAGAGAAGGAGUUCCCAAAAGUCGACGAGGAGAAAUUUGGCAGUUCUUAGCUUUACAGUAUCGUCUGAGACACCGAUUGCCUAAUAAACAGCAGCCUCCUGACGUAUCUUAUAAAGAACUCUUGAAGCAGCUCACAGCUCAGCAGCAUGCCAUCCUGGUGGACUUAGGAAGGACAUUUCCUACCCACCCUUACUUUUCAGUGCAGCUUGGUGCAGGGCAGCUGUCGCUCUUUAAUCUCCUGAAAGCCUAUUCGUUGCUGGACAAAGAAGUGGGGUACUGCCAGGGAAUCAGCUUCGUGGCUGGCGUCCUGCUUCUGCACAUGCGUGAGGAGCAAGCCUUUGAAAUGCUGAAGUUCCUCAUGUAUGACCUCGGCUUCCGCAAGCAGUACAGGCCUGACAUGAUGUCGCUGCAGAUCCAAAUGUACCAGCUGUCGAGGCUCCUUCAUGACUAUCACAGAGAACUCUACAACCAUCUGGAGGAGAACGAGAUCAGCCCCAGUCUGUACGCUGCCCCCUGGUUCCUCACCUUGUUUGCCUCUCAGUUUCCAUUAGGAUUUGUAGCCCGAGUUUUUGAUAUAAUUUUUCUUCAGGGAACUGACGUUAUUUUUAAGGUUGCUCUCAGCCUGCUGAAUAGUCAAGAGGCACUCAUAAUGGAAUGUGAAAGCUUUGAAAAUAUUGUCGAGUUUCUGAAAAACACUCUCCCUGACAUGAAUACAUCUGAAAUGGAAAAAAUUAUUACCCAGGUUUUUGAGAUGGACAUUUCAAAACAGUUGCAUGCCUAUGAAGUAGAAUACCACGUACUGCAGGAUGAGCUUCAGGAAUCUUCAUAUCCCUGUGAGGAUAAUGAAUCUUUAGAGAAGUUGGAGAGGGCCAAUAGCCAACUGAAACGACAAAACAUGGACCUCCUGGAAAAAUUACAGGUAGCUCAUACUAAAAUUCAGAACUUAGAAUCAAAUCUGGAAAAUCUCUUGACCAGAGAGACCAAAAUGAAAUCUUUAAUCCGCACCCUGGAGCAAGAGAAAAUGGCCUAUCAGAAGACAGUGGAGCAAAUCCGGAAGCUGCUGCCCGCUGAUGCUCUCGCCAGUUGUGAAUCACUACUGAGAGAUCUAAACUGCAACCCUAACAACAAAGCCAAGACAGGAAAUAAGCCAUAAUUUAAGAAGUGCCAUCUGAGUAGUUAAGUGCUACUUAGAAUCUGAAAGAAAGGAAAAUUCUGUGUGCUGUUGGCCAAAUGCUGGACGCUGAAGCUCAUGAAUCCACC